AUUAAGGUGCAACUGCCCGAACGGACCGUCGACCGUAGGUUACCAUUGGAUCAAAAGGCCGCCGGGAGACUGAAGUCCAGAUCGUUGCUUUCCGACCUUGUAGUUCGCAGGCGAUACCGAGAUGAUUGACGAUCAGGACUUGGGCUUCUUUGCAAACUUCCUCGGGAUCUUUAUAUUUGUAUUGGUCAUUGCUUAUCAUUACGUGAUGGCUGAUCCAAAAUAUGAGGGCAAUUGAGUCAAAGAAUUUCUCCGAUGCGGGAAAAUAUAGAGGCUACUUUUAAUGAUGUUUUAGAUGUUCUGCUUAUCAAAGUUUUAAUGCUUUCUAUUGUACUGCACCUGAAUUAUAGUGAAAUUUUCUUUGCUCUAAUGUAGUUAUUUAAGCAAACCAUAA